ACAAGACACUUCAGAAGAAUUGAUGUCCUCUCAUCCACCUUCUACCAAUAAUGACGUGAGCCAGCUUCCAGCUGAAGAUUCUAAUCCUGAAAUAAAACUUUCUUAUUCAGGGCCUUUUCAAAAAUUGAUUGGCGUGAACAAUUGCAAACACGCAUGUAAUCUACCAGCGACUGAAUCUCAAAUUUCUGACUCAAAAACAAAGAUUUUAUCGGAAACCAAGAUUAGUAUGCCAGUUAAACCUCAAGCAUCUGAUGCCUCUUCAAACUUGAAAACUGAGGCGAGUAUGUCAUUCAUGUCGCCACCCGAGACAAAGACCCUACCUAGAAAACAGAUUAAUCCAACUUGUGAUCGUUCGCGUCAAGAGGAUGCAGAUGCAGUGAGCAACUAA